AUGAGCAGGCAGACAGGUCCUCGGAAAGAUGGGAAACUAAAAUCCUGUCUGAAGCAGCCUAUUCCUUCGGGCCCUUCUGCCAAGAGCGAAGAUGGUGGGAACAGGGAUGGGUCUCACGAGACCGAUGACGAUGAAACGGAUUCUGGAUCAGAGUCUUCGGGGGACAGCGGUGGAGAGGGAUCCUUUUCGAGUGACGGCACAGAAGAUGAGAUAACCAAGACAAAGGCUAGCCGCUUAAAAUCUAAACAAACUUUGAAACGCAAGCGGCGAGCACUCCAAGCAUCACAUUUCGGACAAACCCUAACAGACUUACUUGGCACUGAAACUCCUGUGCCAAAGCGUAAGCGGACCGAUGCCGGACCUGCGCUUCAAACAGACACAACCGCCAUUUUAUCUCUCCAAAAACCAAGCUCGUCACAUGCAGUUGCACAAAAGUUGUCAAAGGAGGAGACCAAGACGGCCAGGGCUCUGAAGCUGGAAAGGAAAGAAGCUCAAGAUAUCAGGAGAAUAACGGAUAAGAAUUUGAUGGAGCAGUGGGGUCAAGAGAACGAAAGAGCGCUGAGGAAGAUUGCUACCCGUGGCGUGGUUAAACUGUUUAACAUAAUCCAGCAGGCCCAGCGAGACGACACAGGGAAUGGAAUAAAUAUCCCCGCCCCACAACCGCACAACCAUAACUCCAAAUUUACACAGAAAAAAAGGGCUGGGAAGGAUCGUGAUGAAGCUGGAAUCUCUAAUGAGGCCCGGAUUAACAAGGAGGAUUUUCUGCAGUCCAUACGUACCGGUGUCGUCGUUUCAAAAUCUUGA